AGGAAGGCAGGAGAGGUAGGUGAAAGUUGGAAACCGGAAGGAAGGAAAUCCAGACCAGGCCCCUUAGAGAGGGAUGCUUGAAACAGUUCUGGCUUAAGGUUAAGAUUUCCUCGCCAAGCAAACUUUCUCACGGCCUGCUUACUGACAAGUGGACUGGGAAGAACCAGGGUCCACCUCGAGGACCGUCUGCCCACGAAGCAGGAGCUCCAGCCUUCUCUUACGGAGAAGUUGGCCGGGAAGCCUCUUGAGGUGUUGCAUCCUCCUUACUGAUGCUUUCCUGUAGGGCAAGGACCGAUUCCUGCCAUGGAGACCAAGCCCAUCCCGCUCUCAAAGCAAACCAGAGAAGUCGUGUGUGGCGUCCCGACAGAGGUGGUGUGCACCGCCUUUGGAGCCACGAUCCUGGUGGUGGUGACCCAGUACGGAAAGAUGGGGACUCUGGUCUCCGUGGAGCCUGAGGCAGUCCCUGACGGGGUCAACCGGCCUUUGUGGACCACCAAAGUUCUCCUGGGCAAAGACGAGCCCCUCGUCCACAUCUCCGCCAAGCAUCUGGUCACUUCGGUGUCGCAGGAAGCUGGCAGCAAGACGGUUCUACUGGCCAUGGCUCUGAAGGACAAAAGCGUCGAAGGCAUCCGGACGUUGAAGGAACUCAUCCACCGGUGCCGAGUGUGGUGAUGAUGGGCCGGAAGAAUUCUUUGGAUGCCGGAGACGUCUGGCUUAAGUUGGAUGCAAGAUUGAUUGUGUACAUUGGGGUGACCAAUCGUGGCAACCUCGAAGGCUUGUGGACUUCAACUCCCAGAAUUCCCCAGCCAACUCUGCUGGCUGGGGAAUUCUGGGACUUAAAGUCCAUGGGUCUUAAAAUCAGGUCUGGAAGUCCACAAGUCUUAAAGUUGCCAAGUUUGGACUCCCUUGGUGCACAAGGUGACUUUUUCUUCUUAUUUUGAACCUCGAUAAUGAACAUUUGUGGGUAAGCAGACACAACGUGUUACAUAAAUAUUCACAAUCCCUGUUCCGAAACCUGUAAAAGUUUGCAUCUAUCUACAAGUUCACCCCAGCAGAUUUUACAUCAUAUUUUCUUGUAGUGAUUUGGAUAUUUUUUUCCCCCCUGCGGAAGGAAACCCAUAGAAGCUACAAGAGUUGAAAAGGAGGCAGGUUUUUCCCAGCUGUAAUGUUUAACACACACACAUUUCUUUCUUUUUUUCCCCCUUGUUAUAUUUCAGUUUUAGCAUAUUGGAAGUAGUUCAGAUCACACAGUAGUGAUUCUACUAUCUUCCUUAUUGAGGGUUUUCCUCUCCAUCCAUUCUCAUUCUGGAAGCAACUGGAAUCAGUUCGGAAUAACUUUGCUCCUUUCUUCUGAAACUACCGUUACCAUAUUUUGUUCUUGCUGGAGUAAAACAAUAAAGGAAUUGCAAUAUGUU